AUGGAUUUCUACAAGUCCAACGGAGAGUGGUAUAUCAACUGGACAUCUGUGCAAAAUAAUACGGGUCACGGGGCGGAUAUGUCUGUCCUAGAUUUUUCGAUCCACCUGACCAGACGAUCUGAUUUCUUCAUUUUAUCCAUGAUUACACCAAUACUGCUUCCCUGCUUCCUCAACCCGUUUGUCUUCCUUCUGCCUGCCUCCUCGGGAGAGAGGAUUUCCUACACAAUUACCAUGUUCUUGUCAUUGGCCGUGUAUAUGACACUCAUCGGAGAGAACAUGCCGAAGACAUCAGAUCCAAUGGCAGGGAUUUCUUAUCUCCUCUUAGUGUCCAUGGUUUAUAAUUGUGUUCUGAUUCUGUUGACGAUAUUCACGCUUCGCUGUUAUUGUGUGAAGGAUAUACGGAAAUAUCCUGGAUGGUUUCUGUGGCUAGUCGACCAUGUUGCGAAUCUCACAUCACGCAUGAACAAAAAGGAUGUUACCGCCAUUGAAGACCUCACCGAUGACCGGACGAUGACUGAUGCAACAUUAAAGGAUGACGGAAGCGGAAAUGACGUCAAAGAAAUGGGAUCUAAACGUAACUUACAAAUUGAGUACAUGACACGAUUUAUUGACAUAAGUUUGUUUUGUAUAACACUAACAGUCACCUUCGUGAAAGUCUUAGUAUUUGUAACUUUCUACUGGAAUGGAUAA